AUGAACCCAGCGGGCUCAGACUCCACUCCUGUUACCCAGGAUCCAGUUCGAUCUGCCAUCCAAGCCCAAGGUCACAGAAUCCACAAACAGGAGGAACUACUUGGACAACUACGUGGCGACUUACAGAGGAUGGCGGACCAACAGGAGUCCAUGAUAGCUGCCUUCACAAGCCAACUUAACAUGUUGGCAGAACGGUUAAGUCCCAGCCAAGCCAACCCAGACUCAGCCUCAGUAAGCGCAGCUUCAUCUGCUCCACCGGUACCACCUGUGACUGCCGAGAGUGGAUGGAAUCCAACUGCACUGUUCGAUGCAUUUCUGAAUGGACUUAAUGACCAUGUGAAAGAUCAGCUGGCCCCCCUUGACCUACCUGAGACUCUGGAUGAGCUCAUAGCACUGGCUAUCAAGAUUGACAGGCGGCUAAUAGAGCGGGAGCACGAGAAGUGUCGUAGGAUUCCUCAACAGUAUAGGGGGCCGUGUUUCUCACCAGUCCAGGGAGCAGCUAACUCUGAAACCCCUGCCCUGUAUCCUAGAGAGGACGAGCCGAUGCAGCUAGGAUGCGCUCGUUUGACACCCGAAGAACGAGAGAAGCGUAUGAGGGAGGGGCGCUGCUACUACUGUGGGGGGUUUGGUCAUUUCUCAGCCACAUGCUCGGCAAAAGCUCGGGCUCGCCAGUGA